AUGUCGAUCAAAGUAUUCCGUCAUCUCUCACUCCCACCCACUUGUAUCGGCCAGGUCAUUGGCCAGAUUCAUCCUCUCAAUACUCCACCAGUUUACAGCAAGAAAUGCUCCAUACUUUCUCGCCGCGAUACGCCAAUGAGAAGUCAAGUUUGGUCCGCCAAUGGAACGACUUCACUCUGCGCUGCACCGUUGCCCGCUCCUCGCAAACCUCCGUGCGGCCCUCACAGUGUCACGCAAUGGAACUUCGGAGGCAGAGAGCAGCUGGACGGGCGCGCGAGUGAGCGAGCGACAAGGUACCUAGCUGCUGUUGGAGGUUCCCCGGGCAUCCAAUGGUUCCCACCACCACCCGAUUCAGCCAGUAAGCGGCCAUCAUUCAACUCCUCGAAUCCUGAGGUGUGCUUCACUGAUCACUCUGCCGACCCCAUUGCUGUUCUGGCGCGCCCUGCAAGCUGCUGGAACUUGCCGUUCUUCCACUCGUGA